AUGACGGUAGAAUCAGCCGCGGGUGAAAUCGUGUUGCAUCCCCCAAAUGCCCACAACCCACCUAUUGAGUUAGACCUCGAGAAGUUCAUGGGCAAAUGGUACGUCAUACACUCAACGCUGCCCCUCUGGAAGUCUAGGAAAGAUGUCACGAUCACGUACGCGCUGAAGACAUCUCCAUCCGAGGAGACAGUCAAGUUCGAUGACAUAGUCGAGUACCGCUCGAAAUCCGACCCCCCUACCUCCUCGCGCUCUCGCGUCGUCGGCAUCGACACGCUCAUCUCCAGCCCCGAUACCAACGCCCCACCGGCCUCCUCGGCGGCGCGUUCUGGGCCCCUUGGCGGCAGUGACGCCCCGUCUACUGGCAGUGCGCCCGCCGACGCCGCCGUCGCCACAAGCAACAAGUCCGCCCAGACGCGGUACAAGUGGCGCGGCAAGGGCUGGUUGGUGAUUGCCUCCUCGCGCUGGCAGCUCCUGGGCUGCAGCGCCGACCCGUCGCCUGAGAACGCCGCCGCGUGGGCUGUGACGUACUUCGAGAAGACGUUGUUCACGCCUGCGGGGCUCGACAUCUACUCGCGCACGGCGGCGGGGCUCCCGGCAGACGUUGUGGCGGAGAUCGUCGAGAAGGCGAAAGGGCUGGGCGGGGACGUCGCGAAGCUCGCGGAGGGCUUCUUUGAAGUCGAGCGGAGUGGGGUUGACGGGAAAGGUACAAUAUGAUGGUUUGCGUUACGGGCGUUCACCAGCAUGGGACUGAUGCCGAAGGGUGGUUCAUUGUAAGUCACGCUGAUACUAGCCCGAGGAUUGGGAAGGUGAACAAAAUCGACCUUCUGAACUAUAUUGCGUUGAGCCCUAGCUAGGUCGCACCGGCUCGUAGCCAUCAUGACUCCUGGUGUAUAUGACGGAUAUGGACGUUCUGGUUGUACGGAACACUUCUUGGAAUUUACUUUUCAU